AUGACCUCGUAUGCACGUAACAACGCCCCCGUGAAUUUCGCGUCUGGCUCUCACCAACACCAACACCAGCAACAUCCGCACCAACAUUAUGGGGAUAGCGGCGGCCAACACACGUCGCAUUCACAGCGCCGACAGAAAUUCGUCGCAGAACUCUCGCAAUGUCUACUUGACUUUGUGAUCCAGCUGCUUCCGACGGUGGAAGAGCUUGCGGUGAAGGAAGACGUGCGGAAACUCCUGGAGAGACUCAUCCGCACCAUCGAACCUGAAAGUCGCCUGCUGUCCUUUGGCAGCACUGCGAAUGGCUUCAGCCUACGAAACUCUGAUAUGGACAUGUGUUGCUUGAUCGACUCGGACCAGCGACUUUCCGCCAGCGAUCUCGUCACAAUGGUUGGCGACUUGCUCGAGCGAGAAACCAAGUUCCACGUGAAGCCACUGCCACAUGCACGAAUACCGAUUGUCAAGCUGUCCUUAGACCCAUCACCGGGGCUACCUCUAGGCAUCGCCUGCGAUAUUGGCUUUGAGAACAGGCUGGCUUUAGAGAAUACCCGGCUGCUUCUCUGUUAUUCUAUGGUCGACCCAACAAGGGUCCGCACUCUUGUAUUAUUUCUUAAAGUUUGGAGUAAACGGAGAAAAAUCAACUCCCCCUACGAGGGAACGCUGUCGUCUUAUGGAUAUGUACUUUUAGUUAUUUACUUUCUAGUCCACGUAAAGAAUCCUCCAGUUCUUCCUAAUCUACAACAAAUUCCUCCUCUUCACCCUAUACCCGCCGAGGAGCAUCAUCUGGCUGGCCGCAACAUCUGGUUCUUCGAUGACAUAGAGCUUCUUCGACAGAGAUGGAAGUCACAAAAUUCGGAGUCUGUCGCGGAGUUAUUGAUCGACUUCUUCCGAUACUACGCGAAAGAUUUCACGUACAACUCUGGUGUUGCAUCUAUCAGGGCUGGCCUCCUGAAGAAAGAAUCAAAGGGAUGGCAGGGUGAUAAUGAUCCGAGAUUCAAGGAUGGUCGGGAACGAAAUCGUCUUUGCAUAGAGGAUCCCUUUGAAACUGAUUACAACGUAGCGCGUUGUGUGACUAGGGAUGGACUCUAUGUGAUUCGUGGGGAGUUCAUGCGUGCAAGCCGGAUUUUACAACACCGGCAAGAACGCGGCUAUCAGGCUCUUGCACAACUGUGUGAAGAACGGGAUGACUCUACGACGAGGAUGAACGCUGCUCACAACACCAUAUUUGUUCCACCACGAUUAUCAUUUCCUCCUCAGACGCCUUAUUCGAUUGGGAGUAAUUCGUUCCGGCCGAAUGGAGCCCCUGCGAGAGAUCGACUCUCGCCUCCUCGAAAGAUACUUGAGGAGAACGCGCCACCCGACGUUGCUCCUGAUGUUCAGCCUCGAAGUCCUCCGGAGCAUAUGGCGCCAAAGCGCACGCAAUUUACUAGCCCCCCUCCACCUGAGGCACCAGAGGAUGACGUCGCCUCGUUUGAGAGUCGAUUAAGCCAGGGACUUUCGCUGGCGACCGCGCCAACUGAUGCUCGUGAACAGGAAAGAGCAUACAUGUCGUCGUCAAGCAAUAGCGAGAUACUGUCGGAUGAUGGUGAUGUGCGCUCGGACGUUGCACAGGAAGAUGAUGUCAAAUCAGUGAGGUCUUUCACU